CAUUUUUGGUUAACCACAUCUUCCAAACAACCCCUCUCUCUCUCUCUCUCUCUCUCUCUCUGUUCUAACAAAUUCCAACCCCUCCCUAUUCUUCCCACCACAAAAACAACAGUGUCCAAACAAAAAAAACUUCUACUCUAAUUUAACAACCCAUCACACACUCAUACACAUAUUUUAAUCAAUCAAACCUUGACAUUAACAUACAAUUAUUUAUUUUUAUUUUUUUAAUUUUAAAAUUUUAAUUUAACUUAUUUUUUUUUAAAAUAUGUAUGAAAGCAAUAGAGUAAAAUAUUGUGGCGUACGUGCAUUUAUUCUAAGUUUGUUUGGUCUAUGAUCUCAUCUGCAGGCUCUCUGAAUUCAACCCACAUACAUAUAUAGUACAUACAUAUACCCAUAUAAUUUUGUACUUUAAUUUUUUUUAUUUUUCCCAAUUAAUUUCACCUCAUGAGUUCUCCAAUAAGUUUUUGUCUAGCAAACUUUAAAUUAGACUAGUAGUAGUAGAAGAACAAGAAGAAGAUCAGAUUAGUAAGUUUAAGCUGAUCAUGUCUAACGACAAAGUCGAUGCUUGUCGUGUCGCAUUAAUCUUUUCCUUAAUCUUAAUCACAGGUGGUUGGAUUGUUAAGGCAGAUUCAUUAGACUCUGACAAACAAGCACUUUUGAGUUUGAAAAUCUAUCUCGAAAAUACAAAUCGCGUAAAUCAAGGAAGAUACUCUCUCUGGAACCAGCAGCAGAAUCUUUCACCGUGCGUUUGGCCCGGAAUUUCAUGUGACGGCAUGGGCAGCCGAGUCACUGGAAUCAACCUCUCCGGCAACGAAAUCACCGGAGAAAUAUUCGGAAACUUUUCGGCCCUCACUGCCCUCACCUCCCUUGACCUCUCCAACAAUACCAUCAACGGCGGCUUCCCGGCGGACUUAGGGGGGUGUAAUAAACUCAAACUUCUCAACUUAUCACACAACAUAAUCAACGCCGAGCUCAAUCUCACUGGACUCAGUGCCUUGGAAGUUCUCGAUCUCUCAACUAAUCGAAUCUUCGGAGCAAUUCAAUUCAGUUUUCCAGCAAUCUGCAACAAUUUGAUUGUAGCCAAUUUGUCGGCAAACAAUUUCACCGGAACAAUCGAACGAGCCUUCGAUCAGUGCCGGAACCUACAGUUUCUCGAUCUCAGCACAAAUAAUUUCACCGGCAACGUGUGGCCGGGGUUCACAAAGCUUCGAAAAUUCUCAGUUUCCGAGAACUUGUUUGGGGGAAUAGUUUCCCCUACAAUUUUCUCAGAAAACUGUAGUCUCCAAGUUUUAGACCUCUCGGAAAAUGCUUUUAUCGGAGAAGUUCCGAAGCAGAUUUCGAAUUGCAAAGGUCUGGUGAUUCUGAGUCUCUGGGGGAACAAUUUCACCGGUCUAAUUCCGGCAGAAAUCGGAUCCAUUUCGGGUUUAGAAGGACUUUAUUUGGGGAACAACACUUUCUCGAGAAACAUUCCAGAUUCCUUGCUUGGAUUGACAAAUUUAACAUUUCUUGAUUUGAGCAGGAACAAUUUUGGUGGCGAUAUACAACCAAUUUUCGGGCUAUUCAUUCAGCUCAAAUUUCUCCUGCUGCAUUCGAAUUCAUACACUGGUGGGAUAAAUUCGUCGGGAAUUUUAAGAUUACCGAACAUUUCAAGAUUAGACCUGAGUUACAACAACUUUUCGGGUCCAUUACCGGUUGAGAUCUCUCAAAUGAAGAGCUUGAAGUUCUUAAUGCUCUCUCACAAUCAGUUUACCGGUACCAUCCCUUCAGAAUAUGGACAUUUGACAGGUCUUCAAGCUCUCGAUUUAUCAUUCAACCUGCUUAGCGGUUCAAUUCCACCGAGUUUUGGAAAUUUAAGCUCGGUCCUUUGGUUGAUGCUCGCGAACAAUUUCUUAACCGGUGGAAUCCCACCUCAAUUGGGGAAUUGUAACAGCUUGUUAUGGCUAAACCUCGCGAACAAUCAACUUUCGGGUUUGUUCCCACCAGAAUUAGCAAACAUUGGGUUAAAUGCAACGUCUACUUUCCAGGAAAAUCGACAGAAUGAUCAAAUGCCUGCUGGUUCGGGUGAGUGCUUGGCGAUGAAAAGGUGGAUACCGGCAAAUUACCCUCCAUUUAGUUUCGUCUAUACGAUUCUUACAAGGAAGAAUUGUAGAAGCCUUUGGGAUCGGUUGCUUAAAGGGUAUGGCAUAUUCCCGGUAUGCAUUGGUGGGAUGCGAACGUUUCAGAUAUCCGGUUAUGUUCAACUCAGCGGUAAUCAAUUGUCCGGUCAAGUUCCUCCUCAGAUAGGUAAAAUGCAGAGUUUUAGUAUGGUGCAUUUGGGGAUCAAUCAGUUUUAUGGUACACUUCCACCCGAGAUUGGGAAAGUGCCACUUGUCGUGCUCAACAUUUCGCAAAACAAUUUUUCGGGUACAAUUCCAACAGAAAUCGGGGGCAUCCAGUGCUUGAGAAUCCUCGAUUUGUCGUAUAACAAUUUCUCCGGAGCUUUCCCAAUGAGCUUGAACAAUUUGACAGAGCUAAGCAAGUUCAACGUCUCUUACAACCCGUUGCUCACCGGUGCAAUCCCACCGACUGGACAAUUGGCGACAUUCGAGAAAGAGUCUUUUCUUGGUGAUCCAUUGUUACGCCUUCUGUCUUUCAUAAACAACGCCACGGUUAAUAAUCCAAGCCCAGAAGACGGAAAGACGAGAAAGCGUACAAAGUUUGUUCCAUUUCUGGUGUUUUCCACUCUAAUAAUGGCGUUUUUAGCGUGUGGAAUCAUGACACUCGUAAUCUGCCUUGUGGUAAAAAGCCCAAUCGAUACCGCGCCUGGAUAUCUCUUGCAGGAAACAAAGGUUCAACAUGACUUUGCAUCGAGUUCAGGUUCAUCUUCGCCAUGGUUGUCAGACACGGUCAAGGUCAUUCGAUUGGACAAAACAGUAUUCACACACGCUGACAUUUUGAAGGCCGUGGGGAACUUUACCGAUGACAGAAUUAUCGGGAGGGGGGGAUUUGGUACCGUGUACAGAGGAAUGUUGCCCGAUGGAAGAGAAGUCGCGGUGAAGAAGCUACAAAGAGAGGGCACUGAGGGCGAAAAAGAGUUUCGAGCAGAAAUGGAGGUUCUUAGUGGAAAUGGAUUUGGUUGGCCGCACCCAAACCUCGUAACCCUUUACGGGUGGUGCCUUGAUGGGUCGGAAAAAUUACUAGUUUACGAGUACAUGGAAGGUGGGAGCUUGGAGGAUCUUGUUUCAGAUCGAACAAGGCUCACAUGGCGGAGGCGAAUUGAGAUUGCCGUUGAUGUGGCACACGCAUUGGUUUUCCUACACCACGAGUGCUAUCCCGCUAUCGUGCACAGAGAUGUCAAAGCAAGCAAUGUCUUACUUGACAAGAAUGGAAAAGCCCGUGUCACAGAUUUCGGUCUAGCUAGGGUUGUCAAUGCCGGAGGGAGCCACGUGAGCACAAUGGUGGCAGGGACAGUCGGGUAUGUCGCGCCCGAAUACGGGCAAACGUGGAAGGCCACUACAAAAGGCGAUGUUUAUAGUUUUGGGGUACUAGCAAUGGAGCUAGCCACGGGGAGGCGUGCGGUGGAUGGAGGGGAAGAGUGUCUGGUGGAAUGGGCGAGAAGGGUUAUGGGAUAUAGGAGACAAGGUCUCGGGCAAGCCACGAUACCGGUGGUUCUUUUGGGAUCGGGGCUUGCGGAGGGGGCAGAGGAGAUGUGUGGGUUGCUAAAAGUUGGGAUACGGUGCACCGCCGAGGCACCACAGGCUAGGCCAAACAUGAAGGAGGUUCUAGCCAUGUUGGUUAAGAUUUCGAGCGGUCGGGAACAAAUCAACCAUGGCUCUCCUCCCCCCUCAUUGUAUUGAAAGUUUUAAAUUAAGAUGUUCAUAGUUCACAUACACACGUAAAAUUUACUUCCUUCAAUUCUUCUUGUAGAAAAA